UGCGCCAGCGCGUUGUAUCUAAGUCCUGUGUGCAAUAAUGUUUUUCUGUCUGCUGAGGCUUACUUCUCCAGCCUAUUGUUUGAGACAACAGAUAUAAGUUGCGAUGGGAGAGGAGCGUCGGAUUUGGUGUGUAUCCCCCAUUUCCAAUUAUAGAUGGAUCAUUACAGACAGCGGAGUCCUGAGAACCCAGACAUCUGCUCCUCACAUGAAUGCACUCACCUCCUAGAGACCAGGCUGCCAUCAUGCUCUGGAAACUCGUGGAGAAUGUCAAGUACGAAGACAUCUAUGAGGACCGGCACGAUGGCGUCCCAAGCCACAGCUCGAGACUCUCUCAACUGGGCUCUGUGUCCCAAGGACCCUACUCGAGCGCUCCGCCGUUGUCCCACACGCCAUCCUCGGACUUCCAGCCACCCUACUUCCCGCCCCCCUAUCAGCCGCUACCUUACCACCAGAGUCAAGACCCCUACUCUCACGUCAACGACCCCUAUUCCCUGAACCCUCUGCAUCAGCCCCAGCAGCACCCCUGGGGUCAACGACAGCGCCAAGAAGUGGGUUCAGAAGCCGGCUCUCUACUGCCCCAGCCCAGGGCGGCCUUGCCCCAGCUCUCGGGCCUUGACCCCCGAAGGGACUAUCACUCUGUCCGCCGGCCCGACGUGUUACUACAUUCGGCACACCACGGCCUGGACGCCGGCAUGGGCGACAGCCUCUCCUUGCACGGUCUUGGGCAUCCCGGCAUGGAAGAUGUGCAGUCAGUUGAAGAUGCCAAUAACAGCGGCAUGAACCUAUUGGACCAGUCAGUCAUUAAAAAAGUUCCUGUCCCUCCCAAAUCUGUGACUUCUCUCAUGAUGAAUAAAGAUGGCUUCUUGGGAGGAAUGUCAGUCAACACCGGCGAGGUAUUUUGCUCAGUCCCAGGCCGUUUAUCUCUACUCAGUUCAACUUCAAAAUACAAAGUGACUGUGGGAGAAGUUCAGAGACGGCUCUCGCCCCCUGAAUGCCUCAAUGCGUCUCUCCUUGGCGGCGUCCUCAGAAGAGCCAAAUCGAAAAAUGGGGGGAGAUCCUUGAGAGAAAGGCUAGAAAAAAUCGGUUUGAAUUUACCCGCGGGCAGGCGCAAAGCAGCAAAUGUCACGUUACUCACCUCCCUGGUGGAAGGGGAAGCUGUCCACUUAGCUCGGGAUUUUGGGUAUAUUUGCGAAACAGAGUUUCCUGCUAAAGCCGUGUCCGAGUAUUUGAACAGACAGCACACAGACCCCAGUGACCUGCACUCCAGAAAGAAUAUGCUGUUGGCCACCAAGCAACUUUGUAAAGAAUUUACGGAUCUGCUGGCACAGGACCGGACGCCGAUCGGGAACAGCCGGCCCAGCCCCAUCCUGGAGCCUGGCAUCCAAAGCUGCCUCACGCACUUCAGUCUCAUCACGCACGGCUUCGGAGCCCCGGCCAUUUGUGCUGCGCUCACCGCCCUGCAGAACUAUCUCACCGAGGCGCUCAAAGGCAUGGACAAGAUGUUCUUGAACAACACCACUAACAGGCACACGUCUGGGGAAGGCCCAGGUAGUAAAACUGGCGACAAGGAGGAGAAACACAGGAAAUGAAAAACAAAACAAAACAAAACAAAACAAA